AAUUCCAACAAUAAUUAAAGUAUCACAAACUACACUUGAUCACAACAACGAAAAUAAAUCUCAUCGUCUGCCAUACGAAAAGAGCGCGAAAAAUUAGAGUCAAUCUUUACUUAUCAACAGCCAAUAUUCAACAUGCAAUGCUAGCGCGAACAGCGCCACCAUAAGAUAAAACAGCCUUAAUGACAAUCCGCAAGAGUCGCUCGACUCGACCAUCAUGCAAAGGCACAUACUACCAGAUCAAUAAAAAACAUUCGCUGCACUCUCGGAAGAGUAGCCAGGCAAAAGCAGCGGUGUCUCAGUUCAGCUCAGUUCUCUCUUCACCACGGCGACGACAUAAAGUGAGUGAGUCAGUGCCUCCUGCAGUCUAGCCAUACAUACACAGGAAAAAAGACGCUUUGACUUUGCCUACUUACAUGUUUCUCUCUCGAUGUCGAGAUUGAAGAUGGGAUCAAAAGAUCGAGCAGUUGACACUCGGAGAGCAUUAGGCAUAGACAAGUGAGUGUCCUCGUGGUAUCGAUUGUCCGCGUCCUUCGCGAGUGUCGCGAUAUAUAUUUUUAGCCGUGCCGCCACACGCGGCUUUUCAAGCUACGGAUAAUAGCAACAAAAAGGAGAAGAAAACUAACGACAUGAGCUCUGUGUGGAAGCGAUUGCAACGGGUCAACAAGCGAGCUGCCAAAUUCCAGUUUACCGUCUCGUAUCAUGAGGUUCAUCUUGUGACAACGACCAAAUGGAAGCCGAACAAGCUGAGCGUGGUGUGGACACGUCGAAGCCGAAGGGUGAGUACCGAGCCGCUGGACUGGGAGCCGAGUUUGAGCGACCCUAUGAAAGGCGCGGUCAGUUGGCCCGUACCCGACAACCACACCGUCUCCGUAACUUUGUUCAAGGACCCGCGCACUCACGAGCUCGAAGACAAGGACUGGACCUUCGUCAUCGAGGAUGUCUCGACGACGGGCAAACGGCGUCACGUGGCCGCGGCGAACGUAAAUAUGAAGAAGUAUGCGAGCUUGGAAUCUAGUCAGCAGCAGCUCAAAAUAGACUUGAAGCCAACGUCGAAGAAAAUCGUCAACGCGACCCUUGAGUGCACCAUGUCGUGCGUCUUCCUUAGAGAGGGCAAAGCCACAGAUGAAGAUAUGCAAAGUAUGGCCAGUUUGAUGUCGGUCAACAAUAACAGCGACAUCGCUCCGUUGGAUGACUUUGAUAAUGAGGACAUACCGGAGGACGUGGAGAACGUCUCUAUAAGGAACUUUGACGAACUAUUCGACAUUUCGGCCAGGGACAUUUCUGCUAAGUUGGACUUAAUGACCAGUAGUCUCACCGAUGGCGAUAUACCCAGUACUCCAAUAAGUGUGGCGAGUUUAUCCAAAGACGAUACGACGCCCAUCAACGACGAUCAGAGACACUUUUUGCGUGAUACAAGCUUUUCUACGGAUCUCAUCGAUACUCCCACCGAGAGAACGCCUAAAACUGAAUUUGUACACAACAAUCUUAACUUUGAGCAUAUCGCGCCAAGAAUCUCGCUACGACCACUCGACUUGAAAAAGCCAAAUCCAUCGGGUCAACGAAUGCGCGACGUAACUCCCGGCCAAGAUUUACUCGAGUGGUGUAAAGAAGUGACCAAGGAUUAUCAAGGGGUAAAGGUUACAAAUCUGACAACCUCUUGGCGAAAUGGCAUGGCUUUUUGUGCGGUGAUUCACCACUUCAGGCCAGAUCUUAUCGACAUAGACGCAUUGUUGCCGCAUGACGUCAAGGGCAACUGCAAAAAAGCAUUCGACGCAGGCGAAGCUUUAGGUAUACCUCGUGUCAUCGAACCCGCAGACAUGGAUAUUCUCACAGUGCCUGACAAGCUCGCUGUAAUGACUUAUUUGUACCAGUUACGAGCACACUUCACGGGUCACGAACUCGAGGUACACCAGAUUGGUAAAACCACCGACGAGUCGUCGUACAUGAUCGGCAGGUUCAAUACGGAUAAUGAAUCGGAUGUCAGUGUUCAGCUGUUUGGCCAGGAAAUAAUUAAUUUAAGGAAGAAAGAGAUUACUGACCAUCGGAAUAAUAAGAAUGAUGCGAACCGACGUUCAAACCCAUUCGAUUACAGAAAGGAAGAUAUGGAGUCUCUGCGAAAUAAAUUACACUUAAGCUUGAGUAUGGACCAUCAAGACGAAGCAUUCAACAAGGAAAAAUCACCCUCUAGCGUAAAGGAGGUCAAAGAUAAGAUUCUUGCAAGUUCGAAAAGUAUCCUUGGCAAAGUUUUGUCCCCGACUAAAGACAAGUUUACCAAAGAACACUCAAUCACGAGAGACAAGAGUAAGUCACCGACACCACAGCCGCGUCCCAUUCUCAUGACUCGGCGGCAAUUGACUGAUCCAUUUGGCUCUGACGAUGAAGAUGAAAACACGCAAGUUGUUGAGGAUCAGUGCUCCGAGACAAAUUCCAUCGGCAAAGCCCCUACCGUACACGUACGAGACGAUUCCAUACACUCAGUUGACAGAGGUAGUCGUGCAAGUUCUGAAGGUCGAGGCAUAUCACCGUCACACGAGGAGCAACAACCACAAUCACCAAUGCAGCAUCAACAUCGAAUAAAAACUCAUGUGAAUCGUCCUGAGGUGAUUAGAGAAAGAGCCAGACAACUUUUAGAGCAAGCUAGAAAUCAAAGUAGAAGCACUACCCUCGGCUCUGCCGCCACAAGUCCCGUUGAGACUGAUGACGAGCGACAGCAGCAGAUGCGCGAGAAAGCUAGAAAAUUAAUAGCCGAGGCAAAAAUGGGUGUGAAUUCUAGUCCAAACGGUGACGACAAUGUUAGUGACAGAAGGUCCAUUGAUGGUCAAAAUAAUAGUCCUAGAAGAAGUAUGACGCCCUCCACUCCAAUUGAUAGAAUUAGUAUUAAUGAAUAUAAUGGAAACGUAGUAUCAAAUAUACCAGGCUCUGAAGUAGAAAAAAAACUUGGUUCUCCACUCUACUCAUUUUCCAAAAUCAUGGAGAGAAUUUCACCUGACAAAAGUCCUGAUGACAGUCCAUAUUCACGAAGAGGACUGGGCAAGGAUAUGUCGUCGUACAUUCAAAACGAAUUGGAAGCGCUUGAGCGCGAGCAAAGUCAAAUCGAUAUUCAGGCUGCUAAGUUAGAGAAGCAGUUAAGAGCGGCUAUGGAGAGUGAUAACGAAGAAGAGACAGAAAGAUUGAUGGCACUGUGGUUCACUCUCGUUAAUAAGAAAAAUGCUCUGCUUAGAAGACAAAUGCAAUUAAAUAUUCUGGAAAAGGAAGAUGAUUUAGAAAGGAGAUUCGAGCUACUGAAUCGAGAGUUGAGAAAAAUUUUAGCCGUUGAAGAUUGGCAGAAGACAACAGAACAAAAAGUUCGUGAGAAUCUUUUGCUCGAGGAGUUAGUUUCUAUUGUAAACAAGAGAGACGAGCUCGUACACCAUCUUGACACACAAGAAAGAGCAAUCGAAGAUGAUGACGAAAUAGAACGUGAUUUAACACGAGCUGCAAUAGCACAACGAAAUAAGAAUUGUUCUAUCCAAUAAAAGCAUUAUGUUUUCUUGCUAAUUAUUACUAAAUAAAUCAAGAUGCGUCCAUAACUACUGUAGAGUUGCCAAAGAGUAAUAAGAAGUAAGUUUGAGCUUGAAAUUAGUGUUAACGAAGUACUGAGGUCUAAUUACCGAUAAGCUUCGCAAGAAUUUGACACGCCGGUGUUUUCAAAAAUAAGAGACGAUGCAUUUUUCGCUGCGAUCUCGCGUGAUUGUAUGUGAAGCAUUGUGAUGAAGCCUAUAAACAGGGCAAUUUUAUAAUCUCCACAUAGCAAAUGAUUGAGAUUUUUAUUUCUUAUUAACUAUAGUUCCGAUGUUUACAAUGAAUGUUUUUUUUUCUUGUUUAUUGUAUAUGUUGACUGAGUUCGUGUACUUUGUUUGAUAGAAUUAUCAAACUUCUUAGAAAAUUUUGCAGAUCUCAUGAUAGCUACAAAAAUUGUACUUGUUGGCUAUAAACGCAAUGAUUGUGUUUUAAUCAAAGAAUUUUAACAUAUACAAUCAGACAACAAUGUUCGUCGUCUGUCAAUCCAUGUAGUCGAAACAAUGGAAACAAAAUAUAGUCUCCAUUCUCGAAAUCGUGCCAUAAAUGUAUUUUUGAGCGCAAACUUGCGUUGUGCUAUCGUCUUUUUGUUGAAUUUAUUAUCGAUGUAAGAUUUGGCGAUGUAAGUCACACGAAGAAGGUGCAAAUUUUAUUGAAGAAAAAACAACAAAACUUGUAUUUUUUACUGCUGAUGUCAUACUCGACACUUAUUAGCGUGUAAGCUUAAUCUUUCGUUUGUAAAUACGUCUUAGUGCUGAAAUAUGAAUAAUUUUCAAUACUGUCUUUGUGCACCGUUGUGAAGAGAUUUGUUUUAAUUUUGCAACGUUAUCAAGAGCCGUGAUAAAAUAAAUAUAUAUUUUCAGUGCGGAAAACUCGUAGAUCGACGAAAUUUUAUGUAUAAAAUAAUAAAUAGAGGGUGUAUUACUAUAUAAAUUAUGUUGCUUCAAGUAUACGUACGGUAGAUAUAGAUAUCGUAAAAUUUUAUCAAUUGAUUGCACUUUCAUUGUUUCUUGAUCGAACGAAUUCAAUGCAUUUAUGAAAGCGUUUUCCUUAGUUUGGUUUCCGAAAACAAAACUAUUUUACGCGAAUUGAAAUAAAUGACUAAAAUCUAUUGAAACAUAUUUUAAGUAACAAAUCUGUACCGAUCCAAUCAUGUUUAAUUUAAGAAUCACAGUAAUGUAUAAGUAGUGCAAAUGAAUGUUGCAUAUUAUUGAAGUUUACAUAAAGACUUCUAAUCUGCAAUAGUCCACGUUAUUGAUAAUUCACUGAGAGCAAACAAUUACUUAAAAUUUCUGUACUGAAAUGCUGUUAGUUUUGGAAAAGAAACAAUAUUCUUUGUUUACCUGUAAACAGACAUGGCACCUUUUAUGAAAUUAAAAUAGAACUAACAUUGCAUCGUACCAAAGUAUGACGAAGUUUUAAAUGAUUCACACAAUUUCACCAUGACUGACUGAAAACAAGAAAUAAUUAAUCAAAAAUUAAUGAUUUACUUUGACGUUUGAUUUGUUAAAUUGUAUAUAUAUAUCCGAAUCCAUUUGUCCGCUAAACAAUGAAUACUCUUUUGAAACAUUUUAAAAGAAAGUGCCUCUUUUGAUGUUUAACAAGGUAACUAUUUCUGUUCCAAAAAGACGAUCAAUUACGUGAUUUUUGCAAAUUUUAUAUUAAAAAAAUUAAUCAUGCUACUCAUGACGUUGACAUAAGAUUUUCACUGCAAGCGUAUUGUCUAAUAGAACUAAAAGAAAAUAAAUAAAAAACUGAUAAAUACUAGCCCGCUGUCCAGUGCCUAUAUAACAACUAUAUUAAAAACUAUGCAGUUAAUAUAGUUUGAAUUAGUUUCAUUAACUUCAAAUGAUAAAUUAAAAAUGAUAAGCUCUUGCCAGUGUUUAAUAAUUUUAUUUGGGAAUGCAUUGAUGAAGAGCGACGUUUGCUAAAAGUGAUCUAAAUAAUGUAUCCCGCGAAAUAAAAAUUAUUUAAAGGUAAUCAUGGAAUAUUUAUUAAUAUCAUGCAAUACUUAUUUAUAAGGUUGAGGCUCAAUAAAAGCACUACUAAAAAAUUCAGCUGCAUUU